GUCAACGCGUUGUUAUGGAGCUGCUGGAGUCUGGUUUAAAUCACAAAAGAGUCUGAAACUUUCGCUGCUAAAACCUUAUUUUAACGUGGUUUAAUUAGGUUUAAUUGGAAAGAAAAUGUCAGUCACUGACCGACUGGACGUUUUACGAGAGCGUAACAAAGAUUUAUUGAACCAGUUGAAGCAGCAGAGGGAGAAACUGGAGCGGCUGAGCGGCUGCAGUCAGAGCCGCAAGAGGGAGAGAGAGGCCGAGGAAGAGGAGAGCCUGACCGAUGGAGACCGCCGUCCGACCAGGGCAGCCCUCGCCAGACCUACCGUGAGAUUUUGGGAUACAUGUGAGGGACAAACGGGCAUCCAGCACAGAGGAGGGACAGCUGAACAUACCACACCAUCACACCUUUUCAAAGACAACGGCCGACAUACAGGAGUCCACAUCAGGAUGCAGGAUACAAGGCCAGCCAGCUCCAAGUCCUGUUUAGUAAAUCACAGCAAAAAACAGAGGGAGGCACAUAAUCGGGUCACAUUUGAGUCAGAUGAAUUCAGUGAGACACCUGCCUCAGACAGGCACCACUUGCAGCCUUUACUCGGGUAUGACUGGAUAGCAGGAGUCUUGGAUGCUGAGGACUCCUUGAUUGAGCGCUCUGACGAGUUCUUCAAUGACCUGCGCACGUUUCGUUCGCUCAAUAAGGACGAGUGUGUCCACAGCACACAGGCGGGAUUUUCUGAGGAGAACCCUUCAGUCCUGCCACUGCUAACAGACAAGGACAGUCCGGAGGCUAACACAGAUACUCAUCAAUGUACAUUCUCUUACAGGAUUAACAGCAGACUGUUCCCCGUCCCACUUCACUUUCAAGAGUGCUGCCCAGUGUGCAAAAAGCAUAAAUCCACCCACUCUCACACUGCGGCUGACCCAGCUCUCACCAGGGUCAGCAUCCCUCGCUCCGCCCUCUUGCCGCCUUACAAAUACAAAGCUCAUCGCCGAUGCAGUUUUGACCCCUCUGAUAGUUUGGGGUUACCGUCGCACUGUCUCUCAGGAUGGUCCAACAAAGGUCAGAGCACGCUGCCGCCACCCAGCAGCCUCGAUCUGCGGAGCAGUGUGGAUACAAAGAACUCCAGCGGGUCACAGAAUGAGGACCUGGAGGAUCUCUCUGCGCCAAAAGUGUCCGGGAACCAGAUCUCUGACCAGCUCUCAGAUGUGUCCCGCCUGGCUCGUCACAACUUCAAGCACUUCUCUCCUAAAGGAAAACUACCCUUUGCACUGGUUUAGUAGUUCCUGUGAGAUAUCUGACACCCCCAAAAAACUAUUUCCUUUUUUUAAUGCUCAUGUUUCAAGUAACUGUACUGAUUUUUAGUAAUGUGUUCUUUCACUAUUAUGAUAUUAUGAUCUAAAUAGAGAAUGCAUUAUCUUAAAAAAGAUGAAUGAGAUAAUUGUUUUCAAGAAUGUAAUAAGUUGAUAUGACACAUGUUAUAUUGUUUUCUGUCUAUCAUUUAAACAUAGUGUGAAAAAAAACAUAAUUAAUGAAACUUAAUGAAAUGGGAAUCAUUUACUGACAGAGCAGCAUAUUCCACGUUUGCAGGAGCUGCAUUUUAUAUGUUCGUCAUUUCUCAUCUAAAUUAAACACUUCAUGUGACUGUCUUGUGGCCUUGUGGACAUGAAGCAAGAGAUGACCUUACGCCAUAGUAGAAAGGGAAGACCUCUAACACAUGCAGACUGUUUUAGGAUCCCAUAGCAAAAGUUACAUUUCGAGUUUGCCUCGACAAUUUCGCAACAUGAAAGACGUUUUGAAUAAUCUGUUGCUCAGGCACCAGUUUGUGUUUCCCUUUCCAGUUGUUUGCUUUGGCUCCUAGGUUCACACAUACUUCUGUUUUUGACUUCCUUUGACACUUCCUUACUAUGAGGCUGAACACGCUGUAAAACACAAAGGCUGAGGCCAUUGUACAUUAGAAAGGUUCACAGGAAACCACAACCACCUAUAUUUAAUGUCAAAUACUGUAGCAGUCCCACCUAUGACACAAAGUUAGUUUACUAUGUAAAUGUAAAUGUACCAGGGCUUUUUAAAUGAAAUCAACAAAAACAACCAAUCAAAUGAAGUCAAAGUAAAGGAAAUGUAAUUGUAUUGUUACUCUUAGUUGUGAUUCAAGUUCAACAGGAAUACAUCUAUGUGUUGUUUUUUUUGUUUGUUGAAGCUGCAAUACUUUGAUGUUUUGUACCGGCUUGUUCAAAGCAAUGCGUUUAACUGGCAGGCAGACUGCUGAUCUUAAUCUUUGAACUGGGAAGCCAUGACACAAGAGUACGAGUGAAGCUUUGUGUAAGAGGAGGCUUUGAGAUACCACAUUUGAUUUUUCACCACAAACAGUUGUUGAGGGGAAAAAAUGCUUCGGAAGCACAUUCUAUCAUCAUAUCUUCCUUCUCUCCUUCAGUUCUCUACGUGUUUUCAUUCGCUGCUCAUUUUCAUUGGACAACUAAGGAUGAAAAGUUGACCUGAAACUACAACAUCCUACCGAAAGGGCUUUGUCAGUAAACUAAUCCAACACUCA